AUCGUAAAUAAUGUCUAUGGAAGUGGGCAGAGAGUUUAUUAGUUAUUUCAUGAAAUCAUCCUAAAAUUGUAAAUAAUCAUUUGAUUAUAUAUUCCCUUCUUUUUAUAGGACUACAUAUUAGUCAUUCUUUGACUUUUCUCAUUCCUACUCCUCGUUCUCUUUAAAUAGAGGGCAACAUUUUUUAUUCGUCACUUGUUUCUUUACAGAAAGAGUGUUAUAAAAAGUUGAAAAAAUGGCUUCCAAGGCUUUGCUUCUGGUGAGUCUCUUUGCGGUUCUUCUUGUCAUCUCUGAAGUUGCAGGGGAAUCUGAAAGGCAGUCGGGCACAGUGAAGUCAGAGAGUGAGGAGACACUGCACCCUGAUCAACAGAGCUACGGAGGAGACGGCGGACACGGCCGAGGAUACGGUGGAGGGUGUAGGUCUUCUCCGUAUAACUACCUUAUCUUGAUCCAAUGGUUGUUAGGAUUCGCUGUGUGGGUCUAGGUCAUAAUUCGAGUGCUCCCCCAGUGAGAGUCUACUGCGAUUUCAGUUAUGAUGGUUAUCCGUAUAUGUAGUGGUAAGAAAACUCCGGAUUUUUAUUGACUUUGUAGGUUUUGUCUGAGUUUCAGCUUGAGAUUCUCACACUUAACGAAAAAGAAGUCUCAUCUGUAUCAUUUGUAAUGAAAUAAGAGCCUUAAAUAUACUAAAGGGGCAGGAUAUAUUAGGACCAAACAAUGGGAAUAAAGUUUCAUAUUUUAUUGUCUCUGUGUUUGACUUGUAAACUUCGCUGUUUUCAUAAUAAAAUCGUCUGUAGUUUUAUUUUUCCAUAAAAAAAA